AUGGGCGCUGUCGUGUCCACGGGUCGCUCGCCUCUGGUGAAAACUUCAUCGGGUCCAGUUCGUGGGCGAGAAUAUCUCCUACAUGAUGGCCGGACCGUCGAUCUGUACCUGGGAAUUCCAUACGCUGAACCGCCAGUGGGAGAUCUCAGAUAUAAGAAACCACAGCCAGUUAAACCUUGGACAGAGGAGUUGGAUUGUGUUCACUUCGGGCCACGAUGUCCACAAACCGACGAGUAUUUCGCUCAGAAUCAGAAAUUCGCAGUCAUGGUGUGGAUUCAUGGCGGAGGAUUUUCCAUCCAUUCGAGCAGCAAUUACGGUGACACAACCAUAGCCAGAAAUCUCUGCGCUAAAGACGUCGUCGUGGUCUCUAUCAAUUAUCGCCUUGGUCCACUUGGGUUCUUCACCACAGGCGAUGACGUUUGCAAAGGUAAUAUGGGUCUCUGGGACCAAACGCUUGCUUUGCGCUGGGUUCACGACAAUAUUGAGGCAUUCGGCGGUGAUCCAGGGAACGUGACCGUGUUCGGUCAGAGCGCCGGAGGAGCCAGUGCGGAUCUGCUCGCUAUCAGCCCUCAUUCGAGAGGUCUAUUCCAUCGCGUGAUUCCGAUGGCCGGUUGCGGUGAGUGUGACUUUGCGAUGCGCACCAGCGAAGCGCAAGCCACUCUGGGUCGAGAGUACGCGAGGUACUUGGGUUGGACUGGGGCAGAAGACGAUUCCGAAGACCUGAUGCGUUUCAUGGCAGCCCAACCGGCGUCUCGACUGGGAAUGGGGGUACAUCCCAAAAAGGGAUUCCAUCCUUCCAUAUCUGGUAAUCUGCUGUUCGUACCGAAUUUCGAUGGCGAUUUCUUCCCGAAACCGAUGAGCGAGCUGAGACGAGAAAGUCCACGAAAAUCCAUCAUGACCGGCACUACCCAACAUGAAGGACUUUUCUUCGUUGCCCUCGGUGGUUUCUCCAAGACGAAAGAAGGCUUCCGACGGUUCUGUCAGAGUGUCAUCAAGGAAUGCGAUUACGAUAAUGAUGUGGAGGAUGUCCGACGGGAUGUCUUUGAGUUUUAUAUGAAAGACGUGGUUUCAAAAGAUAAAGCAAGGAUCACCGAGCGACUUGUUCAGCUUAUGGGCGAUUAUGCGAUCAACGUUGGAGUGCUGCAGUACGCCCGGAAAAUGUCCGAGUACGGUAACGACGUGUACUUUUACUGCUUCGACUAUUUCAACCCGGACGGCUUCGGUUUCCUACGGAAUCCCAGUGGUGAUCUAUCGUCUUCAGAAAAGGAGCCUCUGUGGGAGCUUUACGAUCCUAAACAGCCAUACCGUCACUUACAUAUCCAGUUGCCUACGCCUGUGAUGGCCGACGACUAUCAGAAGAGACGCAUGGAACUGUGGGAGAAAGUUCUGCAGAAAAACCGUUCCAGGGCAAGGCUCUAG